AUGGGAACCGGCCGUGACUCAGGGCACGUAGGCAAGGCCCGCUCCGCCGGCCCCGCUCCGAAAGGAACGAAGGCCGCGGAAGCCUCGCAGCACUACCGCCUGCCUCGGGGACGCGCCCGCCGCCCGGCACUCACCGCUCGGAGGAGAAGGAAGCGCCGCUGUCCGGUAGCGCUGCGCGCCGAAGCCGCUGAUGCCGGCGCCCGAUUGGGUGUUGCGAGGGGGGAAGGAGCCAAUCGGCGGCGGGCGGUCGCUCUGCGCGCUGAUUGGCCGAAACGGGGCAGGGUUUGGAUCCUACCCUUUGUUGCGAAGCUCCACAAUGGGAAGUCAAUUGGAGCGGGGCGAGCGGCGGCCGCGCCGCGGGAUCCUCCGGGCAACCCCCGGCCGGGCCCGGCCGACCCCGCCGCCAACCGCCCUCCCCGCGGCCGGAACUGCGGAGCCGCCCGGCGGGGGCUGCGAGUGGCCGCGGGGUCCUCCCCGCCUCCGCCCGCGCUCCCCCGGGAGCCGCCGGUGGUGCGGCCGCUCGACCCCCGCGCUCGGGGGUGUCGGUGGGAAGCCCCUGGCAGGGGACGGGGGUCUGGUCUGGCGGCGCCUCCGGUGUUUCUAGCCUGGAGGCUCUGGAGGCAGGUCCCUGCCCCCCACGGGAAGGGUUCCAGGAUCUGGAAGAACAGGCUCUGGGGUCAGCGCUGGCGUGGUGGGCAGAGCUGGGAUUGCUGGGAAAACGUGUUGGGAAUGUGUUGGGAGCGUGUCCUGCUCCUCCACCCGCUCGGUCGCUCGGGCAAACACACCAAUAUGGUGCGACAGGACCACCACGUGAGCCCAGGCUGUUGUCUCCCACCCAUCUCCUCCUGUCUUCAUUUUCCAGGUUCGUGGCUGACAGUGAUUCUGGAUCGGGGGUGUGUGGAGAUAUACACACGUAUUGACUUUGGAAGAGUCCUGCUUGACCGGGAGCUGUGUCAUCACAGUGCUCCAGCCUCCCGUGGAGGGUGGUUGGAUGAAUAACAAGGUACUGGUAUCCUGUGACUUAAUUCCUGCGAAUGCCUGGGAAUGAGCUACUAAACCACCCCAGCACAAGCCUGCCCGCAGCAGAUGCUGAAUCAGAGUAAUUAAGAAUUAAAAAAGGUGAUUUCCCUCCCCA